UUCAAUUUAGUGUUCUUCCCCCUUUCAUUUCCUCUUCCCAUUACCCAACUUUCCUUUCUCAUUUUCUGCUCCAUCUGAAGCCUUCAUUUCCACUACCCACAUUCUUAAAUCCCUUCCUUCACAUAAUUCCUCCAUACCCAUCUCUUCUUCUCUUUCUUAUCAACGCAUUUUCACUCCCUCUCUACCUUCCUCUCCAAAUGGGUUCCAUUAUAAUGGAGCCUGACGACGUCGCCGCCUACAUCAGCGGCGGUCAUGGCCACAAUACCCUCAAAAACCUCACCAAAAUCUGUACAUUUGCCAACCGGAUUCACUCCCCCGGCGUUUUCUCCGGUGUAAACCCUUUGGAAUUCUCAGUUCCUCUUCUGUUCUUGCAGCUUGGACUCAGUGCUGGAACUAUCAUCUUCUUCUCUAUGCUCCUCAAGCCCCUCGGCCAGCCCCUCAUCGUCUCACAAAUUCUGGGCGGUGUAGUUCUAGGUUCUUCGGGUUUAGGCCACUUGGGGAGAUUUAGAGAGGUGAUUUUCCCUCUCAGAGGGUUCGUUGUUCUGGAUGUGAUUUCUGCGCUUGGCCAUGUUUUUUACUUCUUUCUGAUUGGAGUUCAAACGGAUAUCUCGUUUGUGAAGAAGAUUGACAAGAAAGCAUUUGCCAUUGGUUCUUGUUCUGUGAUUCUGUCUAUGAUUCUUUCCACAAUUUACUCUAUAACCUUGGUUAACAUUGUUGAUAUCCAAACGAUCAAAUACCUUUUCGCCAUUGGUGGCACAGAGUCCUUUAUCAACUUCCCCAUGGUUGCUUCCCUUGUUUCUGAGCUUCAUUUGAUAAACUCUGAGUUUGGGAGAUUUGCUUUAUCAACUGCCAUGGCUUCCAAUUUCUUCAGCAUAUGUCUUGCAUUACUAGGAGCUCUGUUGGCUCCUCAAAAUGAGGGCAAAUAUCAGACCAUAUCCACACUUUAUGCUUCUUUGAUGCUUGUAGCUGUCAUCUUUUUUGCUAUUCGGCCUAUCAUUGUGUGGAUGAUUAAGAAGAAUCCGAUUGGAAAGCCAUUGAAGGAGUGCUUUGUGGUUACAUUGCUUUUACUGGUGUUGGUAGUUGCCUUCUGCUGCCAGGCCUUGGGUUUGCAUAUCUAUAUUGGUCCUCUUUUUCUUGGAGUUACAAUACCUUCAGGACCUCCCAUUGGAUCAGCUUUGGUGGACAGGCUUGAUUUCAUCACCUCCUGGGUUUUCAUGCCCAUCUUCUUUGUCAAAAUAGGCUUGGUUGUCAAUAUCUACGCUACCAAACUCAUAAAUUUCUUGUGCAUGUCGUUCAUUGUCUUUGUUGGUGCAAUGGGAAAGUUUUUGGGUGCCCUUCUCAUUUCAACUUACUUCAAACUAUCUAUGAGAGACGCUGUAUCGCUCGGCCUCAUCUUGAAUUGUCAAGGAGCUCUCGAGCUUGGUGUGUUUAAAAUAAUGAGGAAGGAAAAGUUGAUAAAUGAUGAGGCGUUGGUAGUUACGUGCGUAUGGGUGAUGGUUGUAGUUGCAAUUAUCACUCCGAUAAUAAGACAUCUCCUUGAUCCUUCAAGAAGGUUUAUAGUUCAUAAGAGAAGAACAGUGAUGCACUCGAGACCGGAGUUUGAUCUUUGUGUGUUAGUUUGCAUUCACGACCAAGAAGAUGUUCCAAGUGCCAUUAACCUACUUGAUGCCUUGAAUCCGACUAGACGAAGCCACCUUGCUGUGUAUAUCCUUCAUCUUGUCGAGCUUCUUGGUCGUGCUCACCUGGAACUCAUACACCACAAGCAAAUGGAGGUAAGGACUUCAAGGUCAUGCUCCUCUAUACCUAUUGUCAAUGCCUUCAAAUACUUUGGAGAGAGCAAGAGUGAAAUACUUGCCAUCUAUCCCUUCACCGCGAUAUCACCUUCUGCGACUAUGCACGAUGUCGUUUGUUCACUUGCACUCGACAAAAAGACUUCCUUGAUUCUUGUCCCUUUCCACCAGAGAUUUCACUCCAAUGGUGUGCUAUCAUUGUCCCAAUAUAAAACAAAAAUGGUUAACCAUCAUAUCCUCGAGAACGCACCAUGCUCUAUCGCCCUUGUUGUCGAACGUGGAAUUUUAAAGACCCCAAAGUCUAUUGCAACCAAUUUCCAUCCUUUCCAAAUAGCCAUGGUAUUCAUCGGUGGACCAGAUGACCGUGAAGCAAUGUUCAUCGGGGCAAGAAUGGUUGGACAUCCCAAUAUAAACUUAACAUUUAUUCGACUGCAAGAGAGCGGGAAUGUCCCGAGUAGUGAUGUUAAAGAAAGGAGGCUUGACAACAAGUCAGUGGAUGAGUUUCGACAAAGUAUAGCAGACAACAACAGAGUUAAGUAUAUAGAAGAGAUGGUGAAGGAUGGCAUUGGAACAAUAUCUAUACUCCGUUCCAUGGGGAGUGAUUUCGAUCUUGUAAUAGUCGGAAGACAACAUAACCCAUGUUUAGCACUGGUUCAAGGCUUGGUGCUUUGGAAUGAACAAACCGAACUCGGGGCAAUCGGAGAGGUGUUAGCAUCUUCAGAUUUCAUAGGCAAUGCCACGAUCUUGGUCGUACAACAACACAGAAGAGUCGUUAAUGAAGACGAAGAGCUUAAUCAAGAAGACAUCAUUCCCAUGGAUAAUACCAAGAAGAGAAUGAUGCAAAAUAGUUAUCCUUCCAAAAUUAGUUAUCAGUUUUGAUUCUCCUCCUCUUUUAGCUUCUCAACACUGUAAAUUCUCAGCUAAAAUCAUAUCCACCUGUUAAGAACAUCAUCUUUAGUUGAUCGAUCCGACUUUCAGUGAUGAACUUAGGAUAGUUUUUCAUUCUUGUUCUUGAUUUGUUUUGUUCAUAUAAUGAUAUUGAUAUUCUUUUUCCCCCUCUUUUGUUCAUCAUAGAAAAAUUAGCUUGUUUAUCA